AAGUGGCCGACUCUGAAUCUGGAUUUAACGUAAAGCCCGUUUAACCAUAUAAAUGCAGGGAAAAAAAACCCUAAACAUCUAGAACCAUAUUUCGCUCGAAUCGAUCCAGCAGUUGCUUCUCUCUAAAUUUCUACUCACCGAAAUCAUCCAUGGGUAAGGUUCACGGAUCACUGGCACGUGCCGGUAAAGUGAGAGGGCAAACACCGAAGGUGGCCAAGCAGGACAAGAAGAAGAAGCCCCGUGGCCGUGCUCACAAGCGGAUGCAAUACAACCGCCGCUUCGUCACCGCCGUUGUUGGCUUUGGAAAGAAGAGGGGACCAAACUCAUCAGAGAAGUAAACUGGAGAUGCCAGUAUCUCUUAUCGGUCAAAAUGAAUUUGUCAGCUGAGUUAAUUGUUUUUCAAAAAAUGUGUGAAGAGCAUUGUUAAUUUGUAGACUAAGCGUUGUUUUAUAUUUUUGCUUUGAUUAUGUUGAUCAUCUAAUGACUUAACAAGGUUAAAGAAAGUUUUGUUUAAGUUUAAAUCAAUUUCGAAAUGAAUUCCUUAUCUAUGCUACCUUACUUCC